AGCCUUUAGGCUGGCAGACGAGGAGGAUGCUGAGGGAACCAGGACAGCUCUCCACAGCUCACUAGCAGAGAGGACGUGGAGCAGGCAGCUGCAGUGCACACACACAACACAUCACACACACACACACACACACACACACACCCUGCUGAGCAGCCAACACAAAGCUCUCAAGCAGGCACACUGGGAGAUCAGAUUUGCAAACAGAAAGCCCAAGCAGCAACCAGCAUCAUCUCUCUGCCUGCCUGCCUGCAUGGCUUUCCUUUCCGAUGGAGUGCCGGGCAUCAGGAGGUGCCGCUCACCAGCCUUGCACUGCUGUCACUCAAGGCACAACAGGAGAGCCCUGAAGCUUUAGAAGGAGCCGGGUCUUCUUUGGCCUCCGCCUUGCCAGCUGCCAAGGGGCCACCCCAGGAUAUGAGCGGCAUCCAAGCCCAGUUCUGAAUGGCUCCAGAAGAGGUAGUCAGCAGCCAGUCCAGAACCGGUCGUCGUCGUCUUCUUCCUUGCACAGCUCAGCUGAAUCGCUCCAGGGUGGCUGCUGGCAAGAAGCUGACCUAGCAACAUCCUCUGCCUUGGGGAGAUGAGGUGGAGAGAAGGAUGGUGACGCUCUCCUCUGCCCAUGGCAGCUUCCACUGGAACCAUGUCACCUGUGGACUGGCGACCAGGGCCCAGGGGCCAGCCGAGAGGUGUCCUUCAGCUCUGCAGAUGGAAAGGCUGCAAAGCUCAUGCUUCUGAACUGAACUGAUUCAUCUUCCCAUCUGGGUGGCUUCCUGGUUGCAGGGAAGAGGGGCUCUCUCGAUUCAUGCAGGGAGUGGGCACAGUUUCCUCCUCUCCCCACUUCUCUCCUCCAUACUUGAAGGAAACCAGAAGGGCAACAAUAACAAUGCUUCCUUGUGCAAUUUGAUGGGUCAAUUGGAGAGGGGUGGGCAUACCCUAGAUUUUUUUUUCUUUUUCCAUGGAUGUACCAGCUCCACAGAAGGGGAAGAGGACCCAAGAAUCUGCUGGCAACAUCCAAAAGCACAGGAGGAAAGGAACCCAGGACCUGAAUCAGAGUAAAUUGUCAGCAGAACGGGGACUAAAGCAGCCGCAGCUUCUCUAGAAGUGGAGUGGGAUUCUCUGUGCUUCCAGCAUCUCAUGGAUGCAUCCCUCUUACGCCUAAAACUGCAGCAGGCAUUUUAAGGAGCUUCCCAAGAUCCCAACAAGAAACCUCCCAGUGUGGGUCAGUCUACAAACCAGGCAAUAGUGAUGGGAAUGGUACCAAAGCAAUCCUGCCCCGUGGGGACCCCCUCUGGAAAAGGCGUGUGGGAAAGGUGCUGAGGAAGAAGCCAAGACACUGCCUGCAGGAGCACCAAGGAAUUCUUCUCUUCUUCUCCCAAGGGACCAUGCUGAACUGACAGGUGGUGAUGCCCUUUCUGUCGGGCUAGCAAGCACUCCACCGGUUGGCACAGCCUACUGGCUUCGUCCUGCACUUUAGACCCUGGCAUUUCAAAGCUGGCAGAGUGGAGCAGCACAACGAUGCUUUAACCCCUUCGGGAGCCUGUUCAUGGCGAUCCCUCCCCACCAACCUUGCAGUCAGAAGAUAGUCCCCGUUCUCCAGUAUCUGUGAGAUCCUCUGGAACAGAUGUGUGCUGGAUCCAUUCCUUGUUUAGUCCUACCCUAGAUGCCCCAGCUUUGCUGUCCUGAUCCGGCUAGGGUGGGGAGACCAAAAGGUGGCCAGUGAGUGAGGUUGGGGCUUUCUGGGGCAGGGGGGGCGUUAAGAUGUGGAGAUCUCCCCAGCCAAGUGGGGCUCCGUGGAGACACAGUCAGGCCGGGCGAAAGCAGAAUGCACAAGGCGGCAGCUCUACCCCAGCGCCACGGCACCCUGUGAAGGAUGAACUCCCGGUGCUUGCCGGAGAGGCAGCCCACUGACGACGCAGCCAACGGCAGCAAGACCAGCGAGAGGGAGCGCAUCAGGGGGCGCAUGAAGAUGGUGAUUGGGCAGCUGGAAGGCAUCCUGCAAGAACUCAAGGAGGUUGCCAAGGAGCUCCGUGAAGUAGUGAGCCAGAUUGACAAGCUGACUUCAGACUUCGAGUUUGAGCUGGAGCCGGAUGACUGGACCACGGCGACUGUGAGCAGUACGUCCAGCAGUGAGAAAGGAGGUGGCAUGUUUGACCUUGGUCACCUGGAUUUCAUGACCUCAGAUAUCCUCUCCGACAGCUGGGAGUUCUGUUCCUUCCUCGAGGCCUCCACCCCAUCAGACUCCGGCGAUGGCUCCGAACAGCAGCAGGGGCGUCAGCCUGACUACCGGCUGAUGAAUGGCGGGGUGUUGAUUCCCAAUGGACCCCAGCUGGAGACCCCAGACUCUUCCAGCGAGGAGGCUUUCACCUCUGGCCCAAGCCACAAAGCCCAGCACCAGAGGACACCAGGCACCAGGGAACGGGUGCGGUUUAGUGACAAAGUCCUCUACCACGCUUUGUGCUGCGAUGAUGAUGAGGACGCAGAGAGUGGUCCCCCUCCCGAGGACCCACCGGAGGACCCCAGUGAGAUGGCACACAAAGCCAUGCCAGUCACCAAGUCAACACUGUGGCGGCCCCCUCAUCUCAGUAGCGCUCAGCAGCGGAAACUGAUGCGCAACAGCAGCACCCAGACCGUGUCGGACAAAAGCACUCAGACGGUGCUCCCCUAUAUUUCGGGCAAGCAGAAAGUCAAAAGCAAGAACUGAGGAACAGCAGGGUGGGGUUGGAGAAAGCUGCAGAUAUAUAUAAAUCUCUAUAUAUAUUUAAGUCAAUAAAUAAUCAUGAUGAUGAUGCUAAAAAUGGUGACAGGAUAUGAUCGUGAACUACCUAACCACAAUGUCAAGGCUCAGGGAAUUUAAACUGUUUUAUUGAAUGGCUUUUUUUUUUCAGCUCAAUAAAUACUGUGCUGACACAAAUAUACACCACCA